UGCCGCCGCCGGCGGGGGUGGGCGCUGCUGUGCCGGUGCCGCUGGGGCUGGGGCACGGCGGAGCGAGUGCCGCGGCGGAGGCAGCAGCGGGAUGGGGUUGGCUUCCUGAAGCGGGGCGGGGGAGGGCGGGAGGGGGCUGGUUUUGCGUUCCGGUCCCUCUCCGCCCCCCCUGCUGCCCCUCUCUGCUAAGUUCGGCGCUCUCGCGCGGCCGCUCGGAGCGGCUGGCUGAGGGCUGCGGCUGGCUGAGGGCUGCCCCUGCCCACGCUCCCGGCGCUGCCUGCGGCGCUGCGGGCGGGCACGGCCGGGAAGCCGAGACGACCCAGGCAGCGGCCCGCCGCCCCCGGGGAGGCUCUGCUUCGGGGAGCAGCGGUGGGGGGAGGCGGCUGGCACAGGCGCUGGGUUCCGCCGCCCGCCCCCCGGCACCGCCGCCGUCUGCCCAAGCGCUGGCAGCCCCGGGAGAUGGUGACACAUGAAGCGUGCGGGAAGGACCAUGGUUGAGAGGACCAGCAAGUUCUUGCUGAUCGUGGCCGUCUCGGUGUGCUUCAUGCUUAUCCUAUACCAGUACGUGGGGCCGGGGCUGAGCCUGGGUUCCCCCAGCGGCCGCUCCUACUCGGAGGAGCUGGACCUCUUUCCCACGCCGGACCCGCACUACGUGAAGAAGUACUACUUCCCUGUGCGGGAGCUGGAACGGGAGCUCGCCUUCGACAUGAAGGGUGAGGACGUGAUCGUCUUCCUGCAUAUCCAGAAGACCGGCGGCACCACCUUCGGCCGCCACCUGGUGCAGAACGUGCGGCUGGAGGUGCCCUGCGACUGCCGGCCCGGGCAGAAGAAGUGCACCUGCUACCGCCCCAACCGCCGGGAGACCUGGCUCUUCUCCCGCUUCUCCACGGGCUGGAGCUGCGGGCUGCACGCCGACUGGACCGAGCUCACCAACUGCGUGCCCGGGGUGCUGGACCGCCGGGAGAGCGCUGCCGCCAAAACGCCCAGAAAAUUUUACUACAUCACACUGCUGAGAGAUCCUGUUUCUCGCUACCUCAGCGAGUGGCGUCACGUCCAGCGAGGAGCUACUUGGAAGACCUCGUUGCACAUGUGUGAUGGCAGGACACCAACUCCUGAAGAGCUGCCGUCGUGCUAUGAAGGCACAGACUGGUCAGGCUGCACGCUGCAGGAGUUCAUGGAUUGCCCGUACAACCUGGCUAACAACCGCCAAGUGAGGAUGUUGGCUGACUUGAGUUUGGUGGGCUGCUACAACAUGUCCUUCAUCCCGGAGAACAAGCGGGCGCAGAUCCUGCUGGAGAGCGCAAAAAAGAACCUCAAAGACAUGGCCUUCUUCGGCCUGACAGAGUUCCAGAGAAAGACUCAGUACCUGUUUGAGAGGACUUUCAAUCUGAAAUUCAUCCGGCCCUUUAUGCAGUACAACAGUACCAGGGCAGGAGGGGUGGAGGUUGACAACGACACCAUCCGCAGGAUCGAGGAGCUCAAUGACUUGGACAUGCAGCUCUAUGACUAUGCAAAGGACCUCUUCCAGCAGCGCUACCAGUACAAACGGCAGCUAGAGAGGAUGGAGCAGAGGAUAAAGAAUCGGGAAGAGAGGCUUCUUCACCGGUCCAAUGAAGCACUUCCCAAGGAAGAGACCGAAGAGCAAGGACGCUUGCCCACUGAGGACUACAUGAGCCAUAUUAUAGAGAAGUGGUAGCCUAGGCAGACUUUUAUAUUACCAAUACUCUAGGGUUUCCAUAGAAGAGAUCAUGGAAGUAAAAUGACAAAGCAAACCCCAACAAAACCCAACAAAACUAUUUUAUUUAAAAGCAAGUCUGUAAAACAGAAGAUAGGUUGCUUCCUUAAGCAUAGAGUCUUUUUACUGUUUCUUACAAGACCAAGAAGAUUCUUAAAAAAAAAGUAAACAAAUACACAAAAAUAAUAACAGUAAUUAAAAAAAAAAAAGGUCAACAGUACAAUGCAGAGGUAUAAAAUGCACAAAGGCAGUUCCCCACUCUGUGGCUGAACGUGAAAGAAUGUUUCUUAUCCUCACAAUUCAAAUACAAAUGUCAGAAGUGGGACUUUAACAUCUGUUUCCCCCCCUGAGCACAAAGCUACAGGUGAUUAAGACCCAAGGAAACCGACGCUUGCUGUUGUGGGUGAUGUUGGCGGUGGGAUGGGAAUUGCAGUCCUUGGUAACGCUGACUGAGUUGAGGAUGUGCUGUUCUGUCAGGCUGUGAUCUGAGCACAAGGGCGGUCACUUAGUUUCAGCUGGCAGCUACUGCCAGGGAGUGGAGUACCAUAAAAGUAACAAAGAAGGAAAACAUCGGAGGAUGAGAAACAUUAAAGCAAAUCGACUACGGCUAUGUACUUAGCACAGCGGUCUUGAUACAUUGCACUGGUAUCAUGUAUACAUACACAGCUUCAUCACUGAGAUAACAGGGAAUUCAUGCACAGAGCUCCCAGCUCUGUUUCACAAGCAGGUCCCAAAACGAGUUAAAAGCCAACGAAAUUACACAUGGGCUCAAACAUGCACUCACAUGCCAUCCUGCCACCCUAUGCAGCCGCCACUCAUGCCUUCAUCAGUGUUAUCCCUUAACAGCACAUGUAAAACCUAUCUGAAAACCAAGGAAAGAUUCAGUUUAAUAGCAAUACUCCCUCAUAAAUCUGCACAAGUCCCAGCAAGACCCUACAGCCAUUAAUGGGAGCACGAUGAGGGGGUGACGUCGUUUCGGAUGUUGCUAUGUGAAACACUGAACUAGAACAAGUGUACAGAUGUACCUGUAUCUGAAUUCUUUCAGUUACUUUCACCUCCUUAUAGCAAGAGAGAAUGGGCAUAAGCCUGCUUCCAGAGAAGUCACUAGGACUGAUUUAAGUGGGAACAGGAUGGGGCUCUCUUCCAGAGCUGUGAAAAUUUCUGACUAGGGGUCUGAAUUAAUUAUGAGACAGUGCACAUUGUCUUUUGGCAGAGUGCCUGUUCUGCAGCUCUUACUUUAAAUGAACAAGCUGUGUUCAUAAACUGGAAAGAGGAAUCAUGGAUAAUGUUUUUUUAGUCUCAGACCACUUUCAAAGCAGAACUCUUUCUCUCUCAAUGCUGUUUUUUAGGGACUCAUGUAAGUUUAAUCCUCCAGUGUGGUGACAGUCUAACCAGGUUCUGCUUACUGACUUUUGAAUCACAGAACAACAAUGGCUUCUCUAAUUCCUCUUCCCACUCACCAAAUUAAAGUGUGGCUUAUUUUCUUGCUGCUGCAAGCAUUUCUUUGCUUGGCUGGAAGCACGGAAAUGAAGCAGGGUUUGUGUGUUUCAUGUCUCACCCCGUUAUUACUCAGCCUGUAAGACCUGAACCAGCUAUUGUUUAGGGCAAACGAUGAACCAAAUGGAAUAUGAUUUGAUUUUCAAAGGCCAUGUUAACUGCAGAUCCAAUGUGGCAUUGAAAUAUCAGAGGGGAGGCAAAGAGCUGAUGCGUUCAAUUUUAGCAUGUCCUUUUUGCAGCGUCCCUUUCCCAUCACACAAAUCCACUGAGGUGCUGCUUGUUUUGUACUUUAAUUCUCUCUCUGCCUCUGUACACUGUUUCAGAUUCAGACUGAGUUUUGCAAAGGUGGGGGGGGGAUGCUGCCUUCAGCAGAGGAGCUCCCUUGUUUCUUCUGUGUACACCCUGGGGGAUACACUUUGCUUCUGGAGAUGUUCUUCUCCAGAAGAGUAGAGAUGACUGAAAACGUAAAGUUGAACACAAAAUGUAAACAGCUACAGCCCCAAUCCAAAGUCCACCAAAGUUGAAGGCUGUCAUUUGUAUUGAUUUCAGACUUGAAUCUUGGUGCUGCAAAGUGCCCUAACACACACUCACCCAUCUACAAGCACAGAGGGAUGUUGUUAGCCAUGCGUUCAGCUGGUGCCAGUGGUGCCAUUGUCUUUAUCAUUCUGCCACAAAAUGGCCCCUCUUCCCAGAGAUCUGCAGCUUGGCCAUAAGCAUUUCAUCCUAGCUGAAAAGCAGGAAGCUAAAUGAAGCAAUUUUCUGUUGCUGGCUUGGGGGCAGAAGGUAUUACAAAUCCACUUGCUCAUCUCUGAAUUCCAAGACUGGGAGGAGCUAUGCCUGCUAGUUCCCAGCGCUUUUAUGUGUUGCUGUAACUAAAGAAAACAUUUCUAUUGAAAAAAUGCAAUUUUACAGGCUGUUUACCCACAAAACCAAUACACAAGAUAUAAAAAGCAACUGCUUUACAUGCAGAGUUCCCAGCUUUCCCCUAAGGCUUUUCACUCUGCAUCCUGUGUUAUGGAUCCAUAACGCACAAAUGGUUACAGCAACUACUCCAUUUCCAAGGUGCACAUAGCGGUGACUGCCCAGGCAGGCACUGUCUUCCCACAGCCCUUCUGUACCAGUGGCCAAAUUCUGCCCUCAUCUGCCAAAGGGCAGCAGUGCAGGGAACUCUGUAUGAUUAGGCCCAGCAUCAUUUGGCCU